UCUACAUCUUUUGACUCUCGAGAAUAAAAUACGAUCUGUGCAUCUGUUUACUGUCCUCUGAACCCUGAAUUUUCUUCUUAGUGGCAGAAAGACGUAGCGUGUACUUUUUCUACUCAAUUUACCAAAAAUCCUACGAUCUGGCAACAUUGGCUGUAAGGUUGAUUAACUGCAUUUAGUAUUUGUGUACUUUAUGGUACGUUCGUGAAUUAUAGAGUACAUAAAUUCACAUUGAAGGGCAAUGGCUGGUAAAGUGCGAAGAUUUGAACCUCCGGAUUUAACGAAUGUUGAGUUUGAUACUAGCGAAGAUGUGGAAAUUAUUCCAACAUUUGAUGCCAUAGGGCUAAGAGAAGAUCUCCUUCGUGGAGUUUAUGCAUAUGGCUUUGAGAGACCAUCAGCAAUUCAACAAAGAGCUAUAAAACCUAUAAUGAAAGGGCGUGAUGUUAUUGCUCAAGCACAAUCUGGGACUGGAAAAACUGCAACCUUUUCCAUUGGAGUUUUACAGGUACUUGAUACAGAAGUAAGAGAGACACAAGUUCUGAUAUUAUCUCCUACAAGAGAGCUUGCAGUACAAAUUCAGAAGGUUAUUUUAGCCUUAGGGGAUUACAUGAAUGUGCAGUGCCAUGCUUGCAUUGGAGGAACAAAUCUCGGAGAAGAUAUCCGCAAAUUAGAUUAUGGACAGCAUGUUGUUUCUGGUACUCCUGGACGAGUAUUUGAUAUGAUUCGCAGGAGGAAUUUACGAACACGUUCAAUCAGAAUGCUUGUAUUAGAUGAAGCUGAUGAAAUGCUGAAUAAAGGUUUUAAGGAUCAAAUAUAUGAUGUGUACAGAUAUUUGCCACCAAGCACUCAAGUCGUUUUAAUAUCUGCCACGUUACCUCAUGAAAUAUUAGAAAUGACAAGUAAAUUUAUGACUGAUCCAAUCAGGAUUUUAGUGAAACGUGAUGAAUUGACAUUAGAAGGUAUCAAGCAGUUCUUCGUUGCCGUUGAAAGGGAAGAGUGGAAAUUGGAUACUUUGUGUGAUUUAUAUGACACACUGACUAUUACUCAAGCUGUAAUAUUUUGUAAUACAAAAAGGAAGGUUGACUGGUUGACAGAAAAAAUGAGAGAAGCUAAUUUUACUGUUUCAUCAAUGCAUGGUGAUAUGCCUCAAAAAGAGAGAGAUGCUAUCAUGAAGGAAUUUCGUUCAGGACAAACAAGAGUUUUGAUUACUACCGAUGUUUGGGCAAGGGGCAUAGAUGUACAGCAAGUUUCAUUGGUCAUAAACUAUGUACCCAUUAACAGAGAGUUGUAUAUACACAGGUAA